GAAAUUAGUAAUCACUACCAGACGCAAUUCUGCCGAAAAAGUUUACUGUUUUCCGUGCAUCUGUUAACAAAAUCACAGAAAACAAUGGCCAGUGAACAAGCUAAGGAAGCCAAAUUGAACGAGAAGAUUAUUGGAGAGUUCCAACAGCUAAGAAAUGAACAACGAAACCUGGUAAACAAUUUAAAUACGCUGGAAAUGGAUCUGAAAGAACACAAAACUGUGAUAGAAACCCUCAAAACAGUGGAUCCAGAACGUAAAUGCUUCCGACUGAUUGGUGGCGUGCUGGCAGAACGAACCGUCAAAGAUGUGCUACCACAGCUGAUUGAAAAUAAAGACUUCAUUGAGAAGACGAUCACACGCGUCAAUGAGGACCUCACCGCAAAAGGAAUACAGAUUAAUAAAUUCAAAGAGGAGCACAAUAUUAAAAUACGCGGCGAGCAAAUGUCCAAUGAACAACCACGAAGUGAAGAGGAAGAAAAAAAAUCGGAAAAUCGAAAUAUUUUGGUGUCGAACUAAACGAAAAAUUGGUGAAAAAGAAUAUGAUGUGUGAUGUGGGCAUUGACUAAGUAUUGUUAUGUCCUUUCAACUCUCGUUCAUAAUUCUGCAAUGAGUGUGGGAAUUCUCAAUAAUCAAAGAUAACAAUUACACUUAGUUUCUGUAAUAAGCUUAACUUUCAUUAGAUCGAAAAGUGUUUCAAUUCUGAUGCAUGGAAUUGAAGAUUAAUCUAUUUUCCAUAAUAAAUUGAAAGUUGAUUGCGAAGAAAUAAACACUUUCAUUGAUUAAAAUUGUAUAUGUAUAUUUAAUUAAAAUAUUUUUUUAAAAACAAAAAAUGACUUGUAAUAAUAUAUAAAAAAUAGAAUGGAUACACUCCCUCACCUUAUAUUAAAAUUAUUUAAAUUGUCUAAGGGUCUAAAAUAAAAAAAAAUACCUCACACUAUAAUAACGCCGUUGCAUAAACGUUAAUAUUUUGUGAAAUAUCUAAAGCAUGCCUUAUCACUGAACUAAUUCAAAUCUUUGGUGAACAUUAUAUUUACUUCUUUGUGAUUGAUUCUCAAGAAAGUGAUGUUUGUAUAGUUCAUUCAUGUCAAAUUUAGACUUUUUAUUGAAAUGUUAGUUUUCAACAUUUUUUUUUUUUAUUUCAUAAUACGUUAAUUUCAUUACUACUGUACUAAUAGUGAUACUAUAAUAUCACUAGUGAAAUACAGUCAAACCUGGAUAAGUGAGAACUGGAUUAGUGAGAAAACUCUAUAAGUGGGAGUAAUAGCUAGGACCCGUCAUUUUAAGCUUCCAAAACCUCUAUUAGUGAAAAACAAAAACCUCUGUAAGAGAGAGUCGUUUUUGCCUCACAGACCUCCGUAAGUGAGACUGC